UUCUCUCUCGCCUCUCUGUCUCUUCCUCCAGCAACCACCCUACUUUUACUCCAUCCUUUCGUGUUCUUUGUUUCUUUGCAAUUUUCUUCCGUUCUUCCUCUGUACUCUCCCGCUUUCUCCCCUCCGGCUCCGGUUCCGCUGCUCGACUUUUAGUGACUGAUCGACCCAGUGCUGUUCUUCCGUGCAGAUACCCCCGUUUACCUGUCUCGGCCUCUCCCACGCCCGGCAUACCUCAUAUUUAUAUCCUUUGCGUCGCUGGAUCGAUUGAUACCCCGAGCCGUUUGGUUAUCGCCCCAAUCGUGUAUAUAUCUUGGUUUUUUUUUAAGUGGCAAUGGCGACUGGACCUGCUACUCAGUCCCUGAAGUGUGUCGUGACGGGCGACGGUGCUGUCGGCAAGACAUGUCUUCUCAUUUCUUAUACGACCAAUGCCUUCCCCGGCGAAUAUAUUCCCACCGUAUUCGACAAUUAUACUGCUAGUGUCAUGGUCGAUGGUAGACCGAUUAGCUUAGGACUUUGGGAUACUGCUGGACAGGAAGAUUACGACCGACUUCGCCCAUUGUCCUACCCUCAAACCGAUGUAUUUCUCAUUUGCUUCUCCAUCGUCAGCCCUCCGUCUUUCGACAACGUCAAGUCUAAGUGGUUCCCGGAAAUCGAACACCACGCGCCCAACGUUCCAAUCAUCCUAGUUGGCACCAAGCUCGAUUUGCGAGACGACCCCGCCCAGCUCGAAAGCCUCCGCAUGAGGAAGCAGGAGCCCGUUACUUAUGAGCAGGCUCUGGCCGUGGCGAAGGAGAUCCGAGCACACAAAUACCUCGAGUGCUCUGCCCUAACGCAACGCAACCUUAAGAGCGUGUUCGACGAAGCCAUUCGUGCUGUUCUGAACCCGCGACCUGCGACGAAACAGAGGAACAAGAAGUGUACGAUUCUGUGAAGCGCAAUCGCUCCAUAUUCUAUAUUUCUGUUCUUGCUCCUGACUAAUAAUAUAAAUAACUAAUCCGGCGUUUCGGUUGCUGGGGACCAUCCUCCCCAUCCCCGAUUUUUAUGAUUUUUUUGAGUACUUUUUUUUGUCCACCUAGUCCGGUGUCAUGAUACUGAUGUUCUACAUUUCUUGUUCCUUCCUUCCUUCCUUCCUUCCUUCCUUCCUUCCUUCUUUCUUUCACUUAAAGUUUGUCGGAAUACAAGAGAGGGUUUCUGUCGUCUUGCAUAUUUGCUUUCAGGCCACCCCAGUAUAAAGAUGUAAGACGGUUAUACAAUUCCAUACCCACAUACAUCUGCCAGCCUAUAG